AUGGCUGGUCAACCCGGUCAGCAACAUUUCUCCUCCUCGCAGGACCAGCGCCAGCAACCUCCUGCCGGCUUUCAAUACUAUCAAGAGGAGCGAUCCAAACCGCGCAGCUUCAGUGUCGGCUCUGAGCAUUCUAAGAAGUCUCACAAGUCCCAAAAGAGCGCCUCUUCCCAAAAGGAAUACGAGACAUCGGCGGAAAAGGAAACGCAUCGUCUUCACUCCAAGGCAGACCCGCUCGUCGCCAUGUACGAAGCAGAGCCAUCUAUGGUGGCCGCCAUGGCUUCCGACACCAACACGGCACCGCUGCGUUCGUUUCAGCACAAGGAUCUUCAAGGAAAUGUCAUUACUGACCCCGACCGCUCCAAUCCCACCCGAUCGCGCUGGGAGCGACCGCUCGAUACUAUUCGUAGUUUUGAAGCAGCCAUCAAUGGUGGCUAUCAGCGUCGCUCCACUGUCCACCGGGAUGAAGCGGCCAACUGGAAUCGCCGCACCAGCAUGUCGACAUUCCAACAACCACGCUUCCCUCAAGACAGUUAUUAUGGCAAUAACAGCCGUCCCAUCUCAUAUCGCGACUCCCAAACGGCGCCUAGCACUCGCCGCAACUCGGGCUUCUUUGACGGCCAAGGCUUUCGCCCUCCCCGCAGAGACUAUGAGCAACAACACGUCUACCCUCUGCCCAACAAGGACAGAUCUUACGAAACUGUGACUUCGGCCGCCGGCAGCGGGCAUACGGACCCCGCUGGAUAUCAAACCGAUCCUACAAGUAGUGACAAUAGUUCGAUCCGGCGAGCGUCCCCGACCAAACGCCAGGAACCCAUCAACGACUAUGGCAUCGGCUUUGCCCACCCGCAAUCCAAUCUUGGUUUCACCCAACCACAACAACAGGCGCAUCCGCUACCCCCGGCACCUGUGGCGGGCCACGAGCCAGUGCCGCCUCCCGUUCCGCGCAAAGGCAGCUUUUUGAAGCGGCAGCCUACUCAAGAGAAGAGGAAGAGUUGGCUGUCGCGCCGCUUUAGCAAGAACUAA